AUGAGAACACACAGUCGAGAGAAGCCGUAUGAAUGUAAGCAAUGUGGGAAAGCCUUCAAAUGGCCCAUAUCUUUACAAACACACAUAAGAACACACACUGAAGAAAAAUCUUACAAAUGUAAGCGAUGUGGGAAAGCUUUCAUUUGGCCCAUAUCGUUACGUACACAUAGGAGGUCACACUGUGGAGAGAAAUCCUAUGAAUGUAAACAAUGUGGGAAAGCUUUCAGUUGGCCCAUAUGCUUACAAAGACAUAUGAGAGUGCAUGAAAGGACUCAUAGCAAAGAGAAACUCUAUGAAUGCAGGCAGUGUGGGAAAGGCUUCAAUCAACUCUUCUACCUUCGAAGGCACGUGAGAAUGCAUAGUGGAGAGAAACUUUAUGAAUGUAAGGAAUGUGGGAAAACCCUCAAGUGGGCCUCAUCCUUAACAAUACACAUGAGAAUGCACACAGGAAAGAAGCCCUUUGAAUGUAAGCAAUGUGGGAAAGCCUUCAAUUGGUCUAUCUCUUUACGAGCACAUAUGAGAAUGCACUCUGGCGAGAAACCCUAUGAAUGUAAGCAAUGUGGGAAAGCUUUCUAUUGGUCCAUAUCUUUACGAGCACAUAUGACUACACACACUGGAGAGAAACCUUAUGUGUGUAAGCAGUGUGGCAAAGGUUUCAAUCAGUUGUCAUACCUUCGACGGCACGUGAGAAUGCAUUCUGGAGAGAAACCAUAUGAAUGUAAACAAUGUGGGAAAGCCUUCAAAUGUCCCUCAUCUUUACCAAAACAUAUGAGAACUCACACUGGAGAGAAACCCUAUGAAUCUGGGUUAACGCGACGCCUCGCUAGCCAGAAGGAGCCAACACUAACUUCCCCCCGGGCGCCCAAACUGUCAAACCGCGGCCAGAGUCCGACUCGCCUCCUCAGCCGCUCGCGUUACCGCGAGACCUCGCUCAAACCCCACGCCUCGCCCCCAAGGUUCCUGGGAAAGGUUGCUAGCUCCGACGCUGACGGUGUAGACCCCGGACAUCUCUGGGAUUACUCCGGGCUCGGCGGCGACACUGGUGCCCCAGCUCUUCGCUUGCCCACCCGCGUCGGUCUCGGACCCCGUUGA